GGUUGGGUUUUUAUUCGUCGUCGAGCUUUCGUGCUGGAGCGUGCGCGUCUCUCUCAUCGUAGCGAAAUAAAAAGAGAAGAAAGAAGGAGAGAGCGGUCUUGUUCGCCUCCGGCCGGGUCAUCACGUACCAAUCUCACAAGUAGCAGAGACGCUGUAUCCAGGAAGGCUAGAUAUAGGGUCGUUUCGCACGCGAAAAUGUAACGAUCUCAGUAGUGGGGCCGGUUGUCUGGAAAAUUGGUUUAGACAGAAGGGGAGAAAGAGGUGAUAUCCCUUUCCCCGCGUCGCGGCUCGCAGUGAAGCAUCUUGCAGAGGGGAUCCAUGGCGUGAAGCAUCGGUUGGUUCAUCCAACUAUUUCUACACGGAAGUUUGAAGCUCGAGAAAACUCAGGAUGAUCGGUGCAAUGCCUGCGGUGGCAGUUCGCCACGAACGUAAACGACAGGAAAAAAGAUUAAAACGUCCUAGUCAGCUUUACCUAGGGGGCCAAUGGAUGCCACCGCCUCAAGGCUCACCGCCUACCCCCAGUCCUCAUGGUCAUAACAACCACCUGGAACCUUUACCCGAGUUGUAUCUCUGUGGCAAGAUAUCGGGACUACACGCGGUGGUGGUGUGCCUAUUGUUAGGCGCAGUGGUGCUAGUCGUUGGUCUAGUCCAGCUUGCCCCAGGUGCGACGACCACCGACCAUAGACUCGCUUUACUCGUAGCGGGCAGCAUUCUGCUUGUCCUAGGUAUCAUACUAGCCGGUGUUAGAUGCUACGUGUUGCACUGUGUGCCAUUACCAAGCGAGUCACCCGUGGCAACUCCACUUCCGCCUCCAGCUAACGAUCAAGCUGGACUUCCACGAGGCACGCUGGAUCUGCUGGUGGGCCAUCAGAAUCAACCAGAAACCGACGCGUUGAUGCACACCGAUCACCAUCAUGAACACCAUUCCCAUCAUCACCACGGCAACAAUAAGAAGAAGCGUAGCUCCCAAGGCUCUCACUCUGACGAAGCCUAAUGAUCGACGUCAGAGAAACCGGCUAAUUAAUUGGAUCCGGUUAGUCGAUGAUGAAAGUACAUCUGCUGAUAGAGAGAAACUCCUCAGGCGUUCCAGACUUAAAUUAGAAAGAGAAAGGAGAAAAGAAUGGUGAAGAUAAGGAGAGGGAGAAUGAGGAGAGAAAUUGGAAAACGUAUAAAUCGAAGCUUUUGAAAGGAAAGUAAAACGGAGAAUAACCGUUGAAGAUAGUCUAUCGGACAUCGUGUACAUUAUACUCGAUUCUUUUAUCUUUUGUAACUUUCUAUAUAUAUAUAAUUAUAUAUAUAUAAUUAUAUAAUAUAAAUAUAUAUAUAUAUAUAUAUAUAUAUAUAUAUAUAUUAUCAACAUGUAAUGCGUAACGUGUACUCAGCUUGAAUCGUCGCUGAAGAAAGUGCACUUUUCUAUCCUGUAUGCUGGGUGUUCGAGCUUUAUCCAAUCCACGAUAUCACUUCAUUGGCCGUUGGUAUUUUACCUUUACGUGAACGAAAUAUAAACUGUUUGGAAUGUUAUGCUAUGUUUCGUAGCGAACCAUUCUUUCGGUUACUUCUGGAUGCAAACUGCGAAACGUUGAAGAAUUCCACGUAGAGAUAAGGGAAUAGGACGGGGUAACUUUGUUAUCGCACUUUCUCUGGUCAAAGUCAGUCGACACAAAUCCUUGAGAUAUUGCGAAAAAGUCUUUAUCUUUUUAUGUGUACUUGAAGCAAGGAACAUUUUGUUUAAAAUUGCUAUUUUGUUCAUUCGUGCUCGAAAUCAGAGAAAGAAGAACACUAUGAAUAUCUAUGUAAGAUUCUUCUAUUUUAUUUUAUGGUUUACGUACGUUUCAGGAACUUCUAUUUAACUCUGUUGCGACAAUCAAGUUGUUUCUUAUCUUUUUUUCAAUCUGUUUCUCAUUAGUUAGUUAUUACUUAUUAAAUUUAUGGAAGAUAAGAAUCGUUGUACGUUAAAACGUUCUGGUUUUAAUUUUGCGCUAAAACGCGUCCUAAAAUUUCAGGAGUUUCUUUAUUUAUUGAAACGGGACCGAGAUUGACAUACAGAAAUUCGAAAAUCGUAGAGCAACUGAAAUUUUGUCGAGAUACUUCUCUAAAUUGUUGUUAUUGCACUGGAAGAUGCUUAACAUCGUCUAAGUGGAUUUAACGUGAACGUAAGUGGAUUUGAGACUUUCUUCAGGUUUCUGACAAGUAAUCAACAGUUAUGGUUCUUCUACGAUGGCGGGGAUAAAUUGAAAUACAGAGCGAACAGAAAAAGAGAAAUUGCCAAACCGAACACCCUGCAUUCAAUCAAAAACAGUUCGUUAUCACUCUGAAAGACUAAUUCCUUCUUCUCGAAAACCAAAGAAAGCUCUGUACAAAAAAAGAAAAAAAAUAACAAACGUAUAUACAUAGAAUAGAUGCAUUAUAUAUACAUAUAUAUUUCUCAUGCGACUAAAUCGGAACGUUCUACGCACGAGCAUAAUGAGACAGAGGAUAACAACCAACUAUGAAUUAUUGAAGACGCGCAAAGAAGAAGGAGAAUCUCGAGAAAUAUUGGAAUAUCGUUAAAAGAGGAAGGACGUUUCGUUCAAAGAAGAAAGAGGAAACGGGUAAAAUUUGAAUGAAAGAAAUCUAAUGAAUUUAACAAAUCAUCCGAGUAAUGCUCUUAAAUCUGAUAGGAAAUAUUAGGAAAAGUUGUUAAGUAUAAUUUUUACGUGCCAAUCUAAAAGCGACAACUUCUACGUAGAUGAUUCAGUUGCAUUUGUAGCAGCACGAAAUGAUUGUAUCGUACCGUCUCGAGUAUUCUCUUUUUGUAACGCUAUGUUCCUCGGUAGCUUGGCAUAUGUGUUAAUUAUUAUACAUAACGCGCGCAUGUGUGUGUGUGCAAAUGAAAAUUCUAGGAUAAGUGUCGAUAUUAGAAGGUGUUUUAGAAAUCUAAAAGAAUUGGCCUAGCGUCGGUAGUUUUACGGAUAUUUAGAUAUUUUACUGGCAGACAUUUUUUGGAUUUUAAAGAUCAUCGCCUUGAAUUUUCAUUGAAUUUCAAUUGUUUAAAGUAUUUAUAUUAUUUGACAAACAUAUCUAGUCUGUUAGAUCUGUGCGUAAUGUACCAAAUGGCCCAUAAUAUCUUGCACGAGUUAUUAAUAUCGUACACUUGAAUAUUUUAAAGUCAAUAUUUUAAAGUCUUGAUAAAUUAUUAUCGCACCCUAGGGAAAGCUAAUAAUUUACGGCGGAAUAUCAGUCGUUAUCGAACAAAUGAAAUUCAUUCGUAUGGUACAAGUAAAAUUUGUCUGUUAAGAAGUCUAUUCCAGAAAAUGACUUAUUACUAUGUUAGAUAUUUGUUGUUUUAAGCCAAGAAAACUUUUGUAUGAUAUUUUACACAGUCGUGAUAUAUGGACCAUUCUGUAUGUCGCAGAACUAGGGCACCUGUUUAUUAGGAAAUGCUUUUAUUCUACCACACCAUAAUUCAUCUGAAACUUAUGGAGCAUUUUAUAGGGAAAGAAGUAAAGAAAGUGAAAUUUGAAAGGGAUUUUGGCCAAAAAGAAUUCUAUUUGAGCUUAUCUCGGUAAUCAUUCAACAUUUUCUACUUUCCGAUGUUGAAUAAUUUUGAUACCACGAAGUCGAAGGAACUUCAGAGAAGAAUUUAUUAUACGAAAUAAAUUAUUGAAAGUAAAAGCAGUACACAUGAAGCAGUACUUCGAAUAACAAUAUGAAAAUGUUCUUUCUUCCCAAAAUAUGAUAUGCUUGAUUAUUUUAAGAAAUUAUUGAAAAAUGUACAAAGGAAAUAUUUCAAGAACCUUAGAUUUCUUCGUGUUUACUCAUUAAUUUACAAACUCUGCUAGCUACUUGUAAAUAAACUUGAUUAUUUUUUAAUAACAAUUUUCUUCCAAUAAAUACAAAGAUAUUCGUUUCUAACAAAUGAAGUUCCUUCGUGGUAUCAUUCACGAUUUCAACUAUGGGAAUACAGUUUAAAGUUCACGAUAUGAUUCUACCUCUGUCUUGAAUUUCGUCUUUCGUGAGAAACUUCUGUCUCGACCAAUCGCGUAUGUGGUAGGUAGGCCUAUUAAAACAUACUGUGGUCGUUCCGUGAACAACAAAAAUUUAAAGAAUAAAGUGGUACUUAGAAUGUUCGUAGCACGUUGGUAUUUCAUAGAAACUGUUAGAUUGAUUUUUAUAUGUAUAUCGUUACCUUUAUCGAUAAAUUUCUGUCACGACCAAUUAGACGUUUACAAUAACUAUUCUACAUUCAGAGAAAUUCGAUCGUAUGAUUUCUAUAUUUCGAUACACGACAGAAGUAUAGUUACGUGAUAUAAGGUAACGUGUAUUGAUACGAUAAUUGAGCGAUUGAACAUUUGAUUUCCUCGGUGAAUUUCACCUCAAAAGAACUUUUUUCAUUGUUUCACACCUUAAACAGGUGUUCGGAUAAUGUGUCAGGAAUAGACUGCGGAUGUUUAUGCAUUUAUAAAAAAUUUAAAAUGCACAAGUAUACAAAAUAUAUAUAUAUAUCUACUAUCCGAAAAUCUAAUGUUUGAACGGUUACAUUAUCUGAAUUGGUCAGAAAGUUUUUGACUAUUUCAAACAAUAUAAAAAUUUCUCUUCAGUUUUGGUACAGGCGGUGAAGAAAUGAUCAAAUUUAUAGAACGUUGAAUUUACGAGAUGUUGAUCUUAAAGAAGAAGAAGUUAUUAAAUCUUAAAGAAGUUAUUUUGAAGAAGUUAUUAAACAGAAAACGGGUACAGCGAGACUAUCGCUAUAAUUGUAUGAUACAGUAAUUUCAAUUUAACCAGACAUGACGUCGGCUCUAAUUGAUGAAAAAUGUUGUCAAUGACGUUUCUAAACCCGGCGCUGAGAAUUCUUUUUCAGCAUGAGGAAUGCAGCGAGAAUGGAAACGAAGGUGUCUAAAUCUAUGACAUUAAGACAAAGACUUACUGUUACAUAAUUUGAAGUAGAAACAGAAUUCAAUACAACUUUGUUGAACGUGUUAAAAACUUUAUAGAUACGAUUUAAAAAGCAGACAUGGUAUUCGUAGAUAAAUAAAAGAUAUCACAUUUGUUGUGAACUAAAAUAGUACAAGUGUGACAAAUUUUACAAUGCGAGAAAAGGUGCUUCUAAAUAUUAAAACAUAUUAGUAUACAUACUCAUAAGAGAAAUGAAUGGCAACAAUCUUUAAACGAGUACUGGUUUACGCAAAGAUUCGAUUUUAUCUCGUUUUUGGAAACAUACGCUUGUACGACUUUCCCAUUAAGUCCUUCGUUUGUGUUCAUAAAAUUUACAUGAACGUAUAAAUCUUCAUAAAUAUCCACAGUUUAAUCGUGAAACAUAAUCGAAUAAAACUGGAAAUCGCGUGCCUGUUCAUAGACGAAAAGUGGCAACACAUUGGUAAAAGAAGAAAAAUAGAGCUAGAAAUUGCAACUUUUUUAGACACGACGUGUAUGUUAACGAUUCAUCCGCGUCAUUCUCGAAGAGCCUUGUACGUGAACUGGCGUUGCGUACCGAUUCGAGAACAAAAGAGGGAUAUAAAAAGGAAGGAACGACACGGGAAUGAAGAAACGAUGACAAAAAUUACGGAACGUCGCUAUGAGCUAUUUACAACACCUUGUCGAUAAAUGUAACUCAGCACCUGCACCCGACUUCGAUGUUAUUUUUUCGAGGGAAAAUUUUCUGUGCGGGAGAGGAAAUCGUAGCGAGUAAUUUUUCCGAUGAUCUUACGACGCAACGUAAAACAUGCGAUCUAGAUGUGUCUUUCGAGUAACAAAUAUUUAAAUUAUCUAUUUACACUGCAAUAUUUAUACUUAAAAACAGUUAUAAAUUCUUCUGUGCCGGUGUGUCGAGAAGACUUUUUCGUAGGAAUUUACUUUUUACGAAUAUUCUAUGCGAAGAGAAAACGAAUAGAAGCGAACCACAGCGAUCUUUUAAAGUCGACUUACGCAGAAACUUCAACUUUUUAGAAUUCUAUUGAUUAUAGCGUUGUAUUUUAAACAGCUAUCUAGAUUUACACCUUUGAAACACGAUGAAAACUACGAACAGAUAUAAAUAACGUUGACUAUAACGAUUUUUAUUGUCAUCUCCGUUUAUAAUUCUGUACAUUGAUUUCAAGUGCAGCGCGAUGUACUCCACUUGAUACAACCCUCUAUUGUAUAUAUUUACAAUGUUUAACUUGUCACGAAGCGGCAUGUUUUAUUUCAAACGGAGAGAUAUUUUAUCAAAUUUUAAUUACCCCAUCCAAGGCGAUGUAAAAAUUGAAAAAAAAGAACGUUAAGAAAUUGUUCCUCUAGAUAUUACAAUAUCGUACUAUAUCUAAUUUUUCGCAUACUCUCGUAGACAGCCAGUUUACUUGUUAAUUGAUGACACGGUCUUCUAUAAUAAAAACUCUUCUCGAGGCACAGGCGUGCACGUUAAACUACCGUUCGGGUCCACUUAAAGUUAUUACAAAAACGUUACACCGAUAUAUGUAUAUGAGAACAGUUGUAAGUUAUUUUACAAAGCGUUAGGCACUAGGUGAACGAGGAAGAAAUUCCACAAGUAUAAUCUCCAAGUUUCAGUUCUCACUCACCUAGUGCUAGUGAUAUAUAAUAAUAUAGUAUAAUAUAAAAUAUAACAUAAUAUAACAUAACAUAACAUAACAUAAUAUAACAUAACAUAAUAUAACAUAACAUAAUAUAAUAUAAUAUAACGUAAUAUAACAUAAAAUAAUAUAAUACAUUAUAACAUAAUACAUAUGCAUAAAGGAAACAAAAAAGUAUAUAUACAUACUCUUAAUAUAAUAAUAGCGAUACACGCACGAAUCAUCUCUGAACUAACUAAAGUAUCUGUACGUAACUGUAAGCCGCUAAGCUUAAGUACAGCGACAUACGAGUAUGUAUAACAAGCUCGACAACCUUCCGUUUAAUGCGAUCUGUGUAAAUAGUUUCGUAAACUAAUUUAAGCUCGCUGAUAGACACACCGUACAACUGGGAUUUUUCUAUGCGCGCGCGCUAUCUCUCAACUUUUUUACUGUGUUUUGCGCUCUUUUUAAGGUUUGAUAAUGCUCUGUCGAAUCGUCGUUCGCGAAUCGAGAGGCGAAGAUAUCGUUGAAACGCGUCUUUUUCACAUUGUUUGUCGACGAUUCUUCCAGUGAAUCAUCGUGUAUGGGGUAUUUCGCUUAAUUUCUAUACUUGAGAUGAUUCCAAUUGCUAUUAACGACGGCGUGAGAAAAUAAUCAUAAUGAUAGUUGGUUCUAUACGAAGAAGAUUGUACAAGGAUAUAUUAUAUAUAUUGUAUAAUAUACGGGAAUACAUUUUCGCCUUCGUUAAUUUGAUCGAAUAAGAGAAUAUAUUUUGACGAAGGAAAUACUGAGUUUAAUUAGAAAAUGAAAUUAUUUAAUUAUUAAUUUUACAGGCUGAAAGUACAAGAAAGUAAGAAUGUUAGAAGUAUUUGUCUUUUGAGAAAUUGAAUGUUGCCACGUGCUCGAAGAAUGAAACUAAUAAAUUUACAGAAAUCCAGCCGAUAUAUUUUUACUUCUCGCAUAUAAAAUAAAGAAAUAAAGUAGCAACUGAAGCAGAAAUUAUCCUUGCAAAAUUACAAUCAUAAAAUAAAGUAACUCGUGUCAAAAGUAUGUUUUUUGCAUCGUCAGUAGCAAACGAAUUAACGCGUUCAAUGCGACGCACAAAAGCGAAAUGGGUCCCUGGUGGCGGAAAUCGAUUUUUCUAUAACACAUGUCCACUUACCCAGACGUCUUCAUCCGCAAGACGAUGGAAAGUUCCGACGACACGCACGUUCAUGUCUUCCGCAUUGAAUGUGUUAGAUGAAAUACCCUGUAUACGAGUCCAUUGCAUUUGAAUCGAUCCUCGAUCCCUACGAUCGAUCAUGUACGAAUUACGCUUACUUGCAGUUCGUUGCUUUCCUGCGCUGAUUUCGCCAAUUAGUUACACAAACAAAGGGCAAUUUUGAUAUUUUCAGUCGACAGUUGCGACAAUUGCUGUCACUACGCCAAACUAUUUUAUAAUCGUGAACAUUGAAUAUUUUUAAGGUUUCUAAACGAUAUUACGCUUACGAUUGAUUGAUUGCUUUGCUGUGAUGCUUUGUGGAAGCUUGUUUGUUCCUCACACAGAAUGUUUCAUCGCUAGAAGGUUUCUGCCUUCUACGAAGCGUUUCUAUUUUUUAUUAUGUAUGUUAUUAUUGUGCGUCCAAAAUUAAUUAAUCGUUCGUGAUCAUGUUUCUUAAUCCGAGUGCAGAUAAUGUAACAUGAUCGUUUUUGAAUACGCUAGAUGUUAAACAAAAAUUCUAUGCUUUUAAUUUUAUGUUCUUUGUACAUAAAUCGUGAUCUUGAAAAUUGAGAUAUUUCCCACAACCGAAGUGCGCUUUCUUUUUUGACCAUUUUGAUUCACUGAUUCUUCGGUUAUUCGUUUGUUCUAACACUGGUUUUGAAUCUUAAAUCUCUUUUAAAGCAUUUCUAAUAUUACUUACAUACUUUUACUAAUAUUACUUACAAAGUUUGAACAACUUUAUCGGCAUUUUUAUUCAGCUACAACACAGAAACAAUGCAGUUAAACAUGCAUAUUAUUGAAUUAUAUCGUAAUCAGAAUACAUUAUUUUAAAAAAUCGUAUAUCGAUGCUGUAGAUAAGCUGGAAAACGAUGCUAUAGAAAUAUCAAUUAAAAGCACAGAAUUUUUGUCUAAGAGUUGACACUUCAUAAGAGAAAAUAAUAUAGAAGAAAAAUUUACGUCUUGUUAUCUGUACAGCCUUGCGUGGUUAAUUGAUUUUGGACAGAAAAUGUCGAUUUUUAACCCUUAACGACAGAUGCUCGUAUUUUUGCUAUUAUCACAAAUAUGUUUUCUCGCAGAUUAAUGAUCCUAUUUUUAAAAUCACCAUGUUUUAAAAGCUUUGAAUAAUUAUUUAUUUAUUUGUAAAAAUCUUUUACAAUUAAAGUAUAUAAAUACUUGCAAGUAUUUAAAUAAAUACAGCUUCUGAAAUUCUCCACCAAUUUGUGAUAAUGAAAUAAACACUCAGAUUCUCUUCGAGCAUGUGUUUGUAAUUAAGGGUUAAUCAUCUGCUAUAUCUCACUAACCAAGAUUAAUAUCGUUAUGCUCUGCGAGUUCAUUUAUUUCGAAUCUCUGCUAUAUUAAGCGAUAUCUAACACCACGAUACUUAUACAAAAGCUAUUAUAAUAUUUCGUUACUGUUACGUAACAUUUUCAUCCUUCGUGUUUUCGUUUUAGUUAUAUUAAUAGCGCCGUUGAUCCGGACUAGAAGCUAAGAAGCUACGUUUAAUUUACGGGUUAUCGUAAUCUCUAGGAAUAACUGCGUUAACGUUCUUUCAGAUAGUACGAAAAAAAGAAUAAGAAAAAAAAACCAAAAAAAAAAGAUGGAUUUAGCGUAACACAUUGCGACAAAUAUAACGGAGCCUACAUACGGAAUAUCUUGGACACUGUUGAGCUACUUCCAACAGACUAUAAUUAAGCAAACGUGAAAGCAAUAAGAAUAUCGUGUCGUAACAUUUCUAACUGUGACUAUCAUCGGCUAUCUUGAUUUUUUAGUUUUCGAAACGUUAAAUACAGUGAAACCCUCGUAUUAUAAAACUGUACAUAGCAACGAGCACAAUAUAUGCACAUACGAUUGAAUUUAAUUUAUUAAUCAGUCGCAGUCGUGCAUAAAAUAAUCGAUAACGAGACAAAUCAACCGAAAUAUAUUAAUAAUAAUUAUACGAGCCUCUCACAAGCCAGACUAAUGAAACAAUUCUACUUUUUCACGAUUUCAUAAUUUUAUUACAUACGUAUACGAUUAAUAUUCAAUUGUCAAGAGAUAAAUAGAUUUCAGUCAUGUUCUUAAAAAUAUAAACUUGCAUAAAAAGUAACAAUCUAAUAAUAACGAUAAAGCCAAUGCGACAUAACGCUAUUAAUAAUGUAUUGUUAAAAGAAUCAUCUGCUUUGGACGAUCCUUAAACGCUAUUCGGUGUUCCGCAAUGGGUUUCUCUAAUAUUAUGAAUCCUUGAUGAUGGAAUUUAGGAAUUUUCUACCUAAUAUCAUGAGAUCUUGGUGAAACACGAAUACGGGAAUUUUACUGUAUUUGCGUGCAGAAGAAGAAAUGCUUUUUCUUUCUUUAACGUAUCGUCCAAGAUACUCCAAGAUCUUAAUCAUUGUACUCUAGUUGCCCUAAAAAGUCGACGACGAUAGGAAAUCGGGCGUAAAACACGUUCGCCAUGCAAAACGUUCAAAAAACUCCAUUUCUCAUGAGAUUAUGUGAUCUUCUAGCUUCUAAAAAAAAGUCUGUUAUAUUUUAUGUAUAUACACAUUCGCCUCGGGUCUCUGUCGGGUGAUCAUUCUCCGUGUCUUUUAAGAAAAUGCGAUGGACAAACAUGGCACACUCAACGAACUCGUGAGAGAUCUGGCUACGAUUGCACGCGAAUUUUGUUUAACUUCGUUCGUUAAAAUGGGACUUCUAUAAUGAACAAGUAUGAGUCCCCUCGAAGAUCGAUGCUUAAACGAAUCACGACCAAUUGCAAGUUGAAAAUCUUUCAGCUGAGAGAGUGUGAGAGAGAAAAAGAGAAUGAGAGAAAGAGAUAGAUAAACGACGAGAGGUGAACUUUUCAAAUUUACCUGAGAUAUACACAUAUACAUAUAUCUAUAUAUGUAUGUAUAAUUUAUUAUCGCUAGGAAGUAUCCAAACGCUUUGAUUAAUCUAUAAUAACGGUUCAUGACUGCUGUUGCAUAAUAUAAUAGUAAUACGAUUAAUGAUUGAUUACCGGCUAAAAGCGAUAUUUAUAUCUUUUAUUAUAUUUAUUUUCCUACGCAGUUAGACAAUUUUGAUUAUUCGUUAAAAAAAUUUACCAUUAACGUAUUGAAAUUAUUCGUCGACAUACACCUCGGUUUUAAUUAUCAUUGCUCGAAUUAAUCACGAUAGUCUUUCUAUGUGUAUAUAUUUCAUCUAUAUUCUAUAUAUAUAUAUAUAUUGGAAAGUAGAAGCUCUUUAAUGAUUAUAAAAACUCUAAAAAUACAGAACUCUCUAUAUAACGAAACUGUUCCAUAACGAAUGACAAGUUCUUGUUCUCAUAUUAAUUUUGAACGGUUAAUUUUAUCACGUAAUGGUAAUAAUGAAAACACAAACUUAUCUCUGCUCCUUUCAUUUAUAAUCUUGUAAUUAAAUUACAUUCUGACGAAAGCAAACAAGUGUUCAGGAUACUUCUGAGCGAUGUUAACAUAUGCAUAUGUGUAAUGUAUAUACAUUAAUAUGCACAUAUAUGAAUAUGUUAAUAUAUAUGCAACAAUAUACAUAUAAAUAUGUGUGUAUAUAUACAUAUAUAUAUAUACAAGAAUAAUAUAUAUAUAUACGCUACUUCUUCGGUAUAAUAUUUAUUGUACGUUUACACACAAAGCCAUACGCACGUAUCGCAUGAAAGUUAGGUUCGUGCAGGUUACGAUUAUCGUGGAACCUUCUUAUCGCACAUUCAGCUCGAUAAUUACCUGGUAACAUAACGGGACUUCGCAUGCAUGAACGACAUGAUCAUUUUUCUUGUCGCAUCCGAGCUCGUCGUAACUUCGUGCGUGAAGUUUCGUGACAGUACUCAGAAGCCACUAGGGCCUUUGAUUCCUUUCCGAUUGUACGAUCAUGCACGAAAUAACGUGGACAUAACGAGACUGUGACGAUGUUACGAUAGCUAUCGAUUAUAAUUUCAAAAUCUCCGGAUAAGAUUAUUUUAAAAAUGGUAUCUCGACGAUUGACUUUUUAAACAAUUUUUCACAUUUCCCUGGAAUCGAUAUUUCUCGUUUCUCGUUUUCUAAGUAGAAGCAAAAAGUAAGGUUUUCCCAACUAAAAUGAGAAUUAAUUGAAUUACUUGAUACUUCGUUAACAACAAAGGGAAUGAAAUAUAUUUUAUUAACAUAACAAAGGUAAUUCAAAAUUGUCACAAGUCAAGAAGAUGCUACAAGCAUCGAUUUCGGAAAACUUUUUAACUUUCUUUUUAACUUCGUCUUUGUGCUUUUACUUAAUUCUGUAAAAAAGACGAAGAAAUAAGAAAGAAGGGAACGAUAGUUCGUAUUAUCGAAUAGUUUAGAUGAACAAUGACUGUUUACAUGCAAACACGAGGAAUUGAGAAAAUUUUAUAAAUAAAGCGAAGAGAUUAACUCACAGCGACAAUAUUAAUAUUGAAACAGAUUUCUCCACAGAAGUCUAGACUUCAGGUUGAUCUAAAAAUAUUGCAAUAUCGUUCACGUUAUUUCGCGCGAUCCUUAGUUCGAAAGCAAGUGUCAGAGGGAACUGUUUAUUUCAAAGAUGCGGGUGUUGAUAAAUCAAAAGGACUGUACGGUUUUAUGCAGAUCAUUACAGAUUGUCAUUCAUUCGAUAGUUUCGUUGAAAGCUCUAGCCAAAGAGGCGAGCGUUUGUCUCCUAAGGUACGUGAUAAUGAUUUUUGGAAAGACUGAAUUAUUUCUUAACUUUAUGAGAACGUGAACACGGAAUUACGACGAAACUUGAGGUUUGCACGGAAAUGUGUCGCAAUUAUUACGCAUGGAGGGCCUCAAGUACUGUAACCUUGUAUGUGAUUCUACAGUAAAGAAAAAAAAUCGUAAAUAACAGAAAAAAAAAGGAACUCUACUGCUAUUGUAACUUUCAGAGUUUAAUAAACCGUUUUCACUAACA